AUGAAGAAUCCUUUGACCUCCUAUCCACGCACCCUUCGCCGGACGCUGGUCCGAAAUCGCAUCGUUCGCUCUCUACUCAUCCUCUUCAUAGCAUGGAAUCUCGUCGAGCUCCACCUCAUUCUGCGCCGCAUCUCCGAAACGGACAUCGUCUACCGCGAACAACCCCGCCGCCAUGAAAGAAUAUACAUUGCGAUGGUCAACUGGAAUAAUGAAUACAUUCUACGAAGUCACCUAAGCAAAGCCAUCACUGAGCUUUCCUGGAAAUUGGGGCCGGAGAACGUAUAUAUCAGCAUCUACGAAAGUGGCAGCUAUGAUAAUACCAAGGGUGCGUUGGUCGAGCUUGAUGCGGAACUUGAUCGGCUCAAUGUACCACGGAAUAUCACUCUGUCACAUAUCACACACGAGGAUGAAAUAGCCGCACCACCUGAAGGCGAGGGGUGGGUUGUGACGCCACGAGGGAAGAAGGAGCUCAGGCGGAUUCCCUAUCUGUCGCGAGUGCGGAAUUACAGUCUGGAACCGUUGCAUGAGCUAGCAAAACAGGGGAUCCAUUUUGAUAAGAUAUUGUUUCUUAAUGAUGUCGUUUUCACGUCAAACGAUGUUUUUGAGCUCCUUGAUACUAAUGAUGGAGAUUAUGCUGCUGCAUGCUCAUUGGAUUUCUCGAAGCCGCCCUACUAUUAUGACACAUUUGCUCUCCGAGAUUCCCAUGGCCAUGAGGCUGUAAUACCUACUUGGCCUUUCUUUCGCGAGGCCUCCUCGCGUUAUGCUAUGAAGAACUUGCUACCUGUACCAGUGAAAAGUUGCUGGAACGGAAUGGUUGCAAUGCCUGCUGCGCCUUUCCUGGCAAGCCCACCCCUUCGAUUCCGGGGUAUCCCAGACUCACUGGCCACUUCUCACCUCGAGGGCUCUGAAUGCUGCCUCAUUCACGCAGAUAAUCCGCUCUCAGAACAACAUGGAGUCUAUCUCAAUCCUCGUGUACGCGUUGGCUACAACACUGCUGCAUAUGUGGCUGUGAAUCCCACUUUGAAUUGGUUGACCCCUAGGGUAAUCCUGCAGGGAUUGUGGUUGAACCGGAUACGUCGCUGGACGACUUUUCCGCAAUUCAAGGAGAGAAAAAUUUACAAUCAAAUCGCACUUUGGACUGAAUUAGCUCCUGAUAACAAAGAACCUGGUGAAUUCUGCGUUAUCAAUGAGAUGCAAGUCCUCGACCCACGGGUCCUCCUCAACUUGGUGAUUCCGGACCUUCUCAAACUCAGGAAGAGCCCACCGCGCCAUCCACUCGGACUCCAGAACUUGUUGAGCAGUGACACGCUCCUCGGGGCGGAACACAAGCAUUGA